AUGAAUCGAUCUGCACCAGCGAUUGAAAGAAGCACUCCCGCAAAGAGACGCAAGCUCGAUGGAUCAGCAAACAAAACGAAUGCAGCUCUUCACUCUUAUCACUCUUAUGCGUCUAUUCGUGAACAAGCAAUCUCUAAUGCCAAUCAAAAAAAGCGUCCCACAGGUCGUCAGGGCACAGUUGAUACGUAUUCGAAGAAUGUCCAACAUGAAGCAUCCAACACUGCUGAAGACGAAGAAGAGGAACCAGAAUCAACCGAGGUUGUUUGCCAGCGCCUAAUCGAAUUGCAAGCGAUGAGCCAGAGAGCCGAGCAACUUCAUGCCAAGAAUAAGGAAAAGCUGAUUCGACUACACGAACGCAGCAACCAAUUUCUGUUGAAAGAGAUCGGACCCCAACAAGCAAAGAUCCAAGAGUUACGAUUGGAAUUGGAAAGGAUACAAGGGCAGGCAGAUAGCAAAAAGUAUCGAAGGAAACAACAGGAAGAUGAGAUUGCAGCAGCAAAGGCAACCAUUGAGAAGACUGCAAAAGCCAUUGAGCAAACAAAGCUUGGAAUGCCAACAUUGAGUGCACGAGGACAGGAAUUGGACAAACGCAUGCAUGAAAAGGAUAUGGCAUUGGAAGAUGUGAGGAAAAGGAGGGCUGCCACGCAACAAGAAAUUGUAUCCAUGGAGAAGAGUUUGAUGCAAGCUGCACAACGACGUCGGAAGCUGUACAACACCAUCCAAGAGCUCAAAGGCAACAUCCGUGUCUUUUGCAGAGUGCGACCUGUUUUGCGCUCUGACAAGUCGCAACAACAUACGCGAAUUCGCUAUUCAUCCGAUGACAUUACGGACACGCUCGAAUUGGAAGACGACAUAUCCAGCAUGCUAGGAAAGCGCACUACCAAAAAGUACUCGUUUACGUUUGACAGGAUAUUCAAGCCAUCCACUUCACAAAGCGAGUGCUAUGAAGAUAUCGCAUACCUGGUACAAUCGGCACUUGAUGGCUAUAGUGUUUGCAUAUUUGCAUAUGGGCAGACUGGAAGUGGCAAGACGUACACGAUGCAAGGUCCUAGUACAGACGUGUCAGCUGAAACGGCAGGAAUGAUACCGCGAGCCAUUGAGCAGAUUUAUGAUCUUAUCCAAGAAUUGAAAAAGGAAGGAUGGGAGUACACUAUGGAAGGACAAUUUCUCGAGAUUUACAAUGAGACCAUUCAUGAUCUAUUGGGUGAUCCUACCACGUAUGGCAAAGUGAAGCACGAGAUCCAUCAUGCAAAAAACGGCAGAACUACAGUGUCACAGUUGAAAACAGUGCAUUUGGAUUCCCCAGCAACGUUGCAUGCUAUGUUACGAAAAGCCAACUUCAACAGAGCCACUGGAGCCACCAACAUGAAUGAAAGAUCAUCUCGUAGCCACAGCGUGUUCACCCUACGGAUAGCAGGCUUCAACCGAUCAGCCAAAGAAACAUGCACAGGCGUCCUCAACCUUGUCGACUUGGCAGGUUCAGAAAGACUUGCACUUUCAGGCGCUACGGGAGAACGCUUAAAAGAGACGCAGGCAAUCAACAAAAGCUUAAGCAGCCUUGGCGAUGUCAUCCAUGCCUUGAACAACAAUAGCAAAACAGAAAACAAUGCUCAUGUACCCUACCGGAACUCGAAGCUGACAUACCUCCUUCAAAACUCGCUUGGAGGCACGAGCAAAACCCUUAUGUUUGUGAACAUCUCGCCUUUGGCUGAGCACUUUAACGAGACGUUGUGUUCGCUUCGAUUUGCAAGCAAGGUUAAUGCGUGUCGUGUCGAGCUACCUAAAAGGCUGUUGAAAUGA